AUGGACCUGAAGAUGCUCCUAGUCUUUAUUGCAUCUCUCCUUUAUUCAACUCUAGGCUUCCCUGUUCAGGAACGCAAUGGACAUGCUGGUGCAAAUGUUACUGUUUAUCCUACGAAGAGUGAAGUGACCCCUUCUAGUGACAUUUUACAGUCCUCUCAAGAAGCUGAGCUAGCUACAGAGACAGAUACACAGGAAGACGUUUUUAACCGAAUUUUGAAAGCUAACGCAGACACCACCCAACGCUUGCGUGAAGGUGACAUUGUUAUGACAAAGAGCCGAAGUGCUAUUGGCUGUUCAGAUCGCUCAUGUUUUUGGCCCCAAUCCAGCGAUGGCAUUGUCCGUGUCCCCUAUGUCUUCGCUCCCGACUAUGAUGAGGCACAAAAACGGUGGAUUAGUGAAGCCAUGGCAGAGUUUGAAAUUCUAACGUGUAUUGAUUUUGUGAAUCGCACAACAGAAUCUGACUAUCUAAAUAUUAAGUCAGGGAAAGGCUGCUGGUCCCACUAUGGAAAAACUGGAGGUGGCCAGAUUGUGUCUGUGAUGAAGCAAGGCUGCAUGUGGAAAGGGGUAAUUCAGCAUGAACUGAACCAUGCACUGGGCUUUCUACAUGAACAGGGUCGAAGUGACAGAGACAGUUAUGUAAAGAUUAUGUGGGAGUACAUUAGUUCAGGUAAUAAAGGCAACUUUAAGAAAACUGAUAAUUCCAACAACCUGGGCCUUCAAUAUGACUAUUCCUCAGUGAUGCACUAUGGCACAAAUGCUUUCUCUAACACCCCUGGGAAAGCAACUAUCAUACCAAUUCCUGAUGCAUCUGUACCUCUUGGACAAAGAUAUGGACUGAGUAACCUGGAUGUGGCCAAAAUCAACAAGCUCUAUAACUGCAAUCGCUGCAGCACCAUCCUUGAUAGCCCAUCUGGGUCACUGAGCUCUGACAACUACACGUCAAAAUACUCAGGCAAUGCUACCUGUUUCUGUCUCAUCCGAAUCCCAUCCAAACGGGUUUCUCUGCAGUUUGAUGCUUUUAGUCUGAAGUCCUCCACAGACUGUAAAACUGAAUAUGUUAAAAUAUAUGAUGGGGUCAGCCAGUCUUCUGAGGUUCUACUGGACAAGACUUGUGGGACAAAGAGUCCCCCAACCGUAACAGCUUCUGGUAGAACUAUGCUUGUGGAGUUUGUCAGGGAUGGCACUGGUGCAGCCACUGGCUUCAAGAUCUCCUACACCUCUGUAAAGACACCACGCACCACGUGAGAGGAUCAGCAUAUGAGACAAAAGGGAAGAGCCUAUUCUGUGAAAAUCUAAAUUAUGCUUUUUCUACUUUGCUUCCUUUUCUUGCUAUGAUCAAAAGGAAAUUUUAAUUCUGUUAUGAAUCAAAGUCUCCAGCUUCUGUACCAAGUGUGCUCCCUGAUUCAGGUAUAAAUGGGAGUUCUAUGUACCCUAUGCCACCCCCUCGUGUCAUAUGAUAUCUGCCCUCGACAAGGGUAUAUAAUCUUAUUGUCUGCACAGUUAAGUUAUUGUCUCUUUAUUUAACUAACAGCAUUUUAAUAAAAUCUUCAUUAAAAAAAAACAAACCUUCUCCCUUUCUUGGACUUUUUUAUUUUUUGGCACUCAUUGCAUUAAUUUCUAGUUUGGGUUCUCUAGUGUUUUAAUGGACCUCUUUUCGCCUUUGUGCUUCCGUAUAAAGAAAUUAUCUGGGUUUUUUACAAUAGAGAUGAUGUUUGUAAAUCCAGAGUUAAGAUAUUGGGGUUCAUUAUAUGCCUUAUUUGGAUCUCUCUUCCUUUAACGUUUAAUAGAAACUAUCUAUUCCUAUUACCUUUUUUUAUGCUCACUAUAAAGUAUAUAAAGCACCUCAAACUCAUGAUCACAUCCUGCCAGACAGUGUAGAAAUGACAUUUUUAUGUAUAUAAUGGCCACAGUAUUUGUUAUUCCUGUCCUCUAUUGGAUGGAAUUAGAACUGCUCUAUGGUGUUGUCACAGUUUCAGGGUAACUGCACCUAUAUCCCCCAUUCCCUGGUCCAUUCCAGGAGUUCCCAGUCAGGUCUUAGGUUUCCAGCCAUCACCUAUCUGUGGGCAGGGACUCUUGUCCCACUCCCUUCUGCCCAGGGAUUUUAAGGCUGCACAUCUCCCUGCCCUUACCCUGUGAUAUCCCCAGCAAGCCAGUCUAUCUAAUGGCCAGUGCCUGUGCAUUGCUGUCUCUCCCCAAGGGCUGUGAGCAGUGCAUCGCUAGCAGCUACAAGUUAACACACAGCUCUUUCUAAGCAAGCCCAUUUAUUUUUAUGUUAAAAGCAUUACAGAGAAAACAUAAUAAAAACAACAAACCGAUUUAAUCACACACUAACCAUACCAGGUGUCACCCAUCAGUCAUAUGGGGCCCUAGCAGGCCAAAGUCUUUCCAACCCUUCUGCAAAGGUUGGGGACCCACUUGGACAGAAGGUCCUGUCCACUUGCUGGACCAAAAAAAAGACUCUUAGUUUAAAUGCAGCCUUUUUAUACUGAAAGCCCUUUCUUUGUCUGUUGGUCUCUAGUAAAUCCAGUUUGAACUUGUACAUGUAAGCCAUCCCAGGGGGUCGUACCUCUAUGGAUGUGUUUACAACCUAAGUAGUUCACCUUAAUCACCCCUCACUGUUUUUGGUUCCUGGAGGAGCUGUGGUAAACCUCUCCCUUAGAACAGCAUACAAUUUCUGGCCCACGGUGAUACAAUAUGGUCUCCAAAGAUAUUGCAUGGGGUUGCAAUAUCUGUCACAGGUGUGUGAGAAGUCCCAAUACCGCAACAGCUAAAGAAGA